AUGUCACUCCGCAAAACUUCUUGUCGAGCAUGCGUGGCUGCCAAGCGUCGGUGUGACCAUGAGGUGCCCAGUUGCUCUCGCUGUCGCAAGAAAUCUAUUGCAUGUCAUUAUCCGUAUCCGCCUCCGCAAUCUAAGGGGGAUCAAACUCCAGCACUCGAUGGGCCUAUAGAGUCCAGAUUUGAGAUAGGUCCGACUGCCUCGGACAGCCGUGAACUCGCCUCGGUGGAGAACUGGAUAGGACAAUCCAUGAUCGCCAACCAAACAGAUGACAUUCUUAACCCGGUGUGGUUCCCAGUGGGCCCCACGACUUCCAGUCAAGCUUGGGUCUUUCCUCAAGGGUCGUCAGCCUGCCUUUCCAUUCCCAGCUCAGCAGAUGGUUCUGCUUCAGCAUUACCGAGACUCGAACGUCGAGUCUUGGAAUUUUGGCCCCGCGUUCAUGACAGUGAAACCUGGGGAUUUUGCCUGAGGACGUUUCUCAGCUACGUUGACCAUUUUUUGGAUACUGGUGCAAUGCCAUUUCUCGGGCCGCUGCUCGAUCGCACAUCAGAUCUUCCGCCUCUUCUGCGUGAAGCGUAUGGGGUAUGCGCAGCAUAUCGAGCAUGCAAGCAGGCAAAAAAGCCCUUCUACCACCAACUCCUGAACGCAGCCGUCAAUAACAUGAGCUUAAGUACCCCAACUCGCACUGACUUGCAAGGCCAAUUGGAUCGUAUUCAAGUCUUGGUUCUCUACUAUAUCCUAUUUCUGGCUGGUGGCCUUAACGACAAGCCGCUCCUUCGACAUCUACACCGUAUGUUGGCGCAGGGGACUGCCGACCUAGAGCGGACGGAACUAGCAAGUCGGCAGGCGACCCGAGACAAGGCACAAUUAAACUCUCAUUUUUCUGAAAGUCAUUUAAAUGACUGGGUGCUCUGCGAAAGUGCUCGUCGACUCAUUAUGAUUUCGUAUCUGGUGCGCGCUGUUCACUCCGUGAUCCAGUUCCAGAGAUGCGAUUAUAUCAAAUAUCUGGCGGGGCUACCGGUCUCGACAAAAUCAUACGCGGAGCUUUGCUGGGAGGAAUUCAUCUAUGAAAGGGAGCAAAGCUCCCCGCAAUCAGUCGCUGGAGUCAUUUCGUAUGAUGAAUUUGUGAGUGAGUGGGAACAAGGAGGACUUGUGCAAGUGGAUGAGUUCAGGCACCUGUUGCUGGUUGCGUGUAAAGGGCUAGGCUCUGUACAAGAAAGAACACCAAAAGAGCUGGUUGGGACCUUUGAUGAUUUCGGGCAUACUUAG